UGUACAUCGAUGUGGGAAUGACGCAGAGGGCGGAGCUCAGCCCUGAUUGGCUGGCUUUGCAAAGGGAGCUGCAAGUUUCGUUAGAUGCUCAGAAGAGGCAGGCGGUGCUCAUUGAGAAACUUCAGGCCAAGGUUCUUCAGUACAGAACUCGUUACCAAGAGCUGCAGCAGAGUCAAGAAUGGAGCCUGAGUCAAGGGGAAACAGAGCUGGAGAGAGCUCUCCAGCGGCUGGAAGAAGAGCAGCAGAGGUGCGAGAGUCUCGCUGCUCUGAAUGCUCUUCUCAGAGAGGACCUGGGUCACACGCAAGAAGUCAACGCGUGUCUGGAGGAAGAUCUCCGAAAACUUACAGCAGACUGGGCAGGAGCUAUGAAAGAAUUGGAGAGGAAAGAGACGGAGUGGGAGUCGGAGAGACAGGUCUAUAACAGCCGCCUAGCCAAAGAGCAUUCACGGCUUCUCCGCAUAUGGACGGAUUUUGUGACAUUUCACCGACAAUUUCAAGAGCUGAAAACUGCGACAGACAGGGACUUAUCUGCUUAUCGUGCUGAUUGGGCAAGGUUCUCUCGUCUCCUGCAGGCUUCUUGUGUCUCUGUCAUUCAGUUGAAGUUGAAGGAAUCAGAGGAUGUUAUAUCCCAAGACACAUCAAUGCCACCUAACUACCUUCUGGUAACAUGGGAUCAUGGAGUGGGGACAGUGGAAAGGAGAGAUGGGGAGACUGUGGGUUCCUCAACUGAAUCAUCCAGACAAGAGGUGGAAUCGAGAAAGUCAUUGAUUGAGAUGCUUAAAUUGGAUCUGGAGACUAAACAAUCGCUGCUAGAGACUUCGGAACAACAAGUUAAUACUAUGUCGGCACAGUUACAGACACUAGAAAUGGACUUAAUGUCUGUGAGGUCACAGUUUCUGUCAUCUGAGCAUGAACUUAGCUUAAUGAGGAUACAACAAGACACUUCAGAAGAUGAAGUAAGGUCCAUCAUAUUCCAACACGAGAAAUCGAAAAAGGAAGUGAAGUCUUUGGUGUCACAGUUAGAAGAAUCAAGACAGGAAGUAGAGUUGAUGAGGUCACAGCUAGAAAAAUCAAAGGAGGAAGUGGAGUUGAUGAUGUCACAGCUAGGAGAAUCUAGUCAGGAAGUGGAGUCAAUGAGCUCACAGCUAGAAGAAGCGAGACAGAAAGUGGAGUUUGUUAGGUCACAGCUAGAAGAUUCAAGAGAAGAAGUGGAGUUAAUUAGGUCACAACUUAAACUUUCGAGAGAGGAAGUGGGGUUAACAAAAUCGCUGCUAGACAAAUCUCAGCAGGAAGUGGCGUUGAUGAAGUCACAACUGGCGACAUCAGAAGUGGAAGUCCGUUUUCUGAAAUCACAAACCGCGCGGUCAGAGCAGGAAAUCGGUUCCUUAAAGUCACAGGUAGCAGAAUGCGGGCGGGAAAUGGAGUCCUUGAGGAAACGUGCUGAAAAAGGCGAUCAGGAAAGAGAUAUAAUGAGGUCACAACUGGAAGCGUAUUUUUUACAGGUGGAAUCUAUGAGGUCGCAUCAAAAGGCGUUCAAGAUGGAAAUGGAAUCUCAGUGGCAGAAUAAGGAGCACGAACUGAGAAGCAAACACCAGCAGUCUCUCGCCUCUCUGGACUCUGAGCGUUCAGAUCUGCUCCAGGCGUUGAUUACGCUACGAGAGGAGCUUCUGCGGUGUCACUUGGAGAGGGACCUAUCUCAGGACGAGCACCACGUUCUGAAGGACGCACUUCACAAGGCUGAAAAAAGGAUUUGUGAGCUCACUGUAGCAGAGAGUCAACGCAAGAUGGAAGUAGAAAGCCUUCAUGAUGUCAUAGCCAAGAUGGGAGAUUUAAACCAGGCCUUGUCUCUGGAUAAAGUGUCAUUGAACACCCUCUUACAGCAGACAGAGAAAGAGAUGGCCUCACUCGCCGAGAGACAGCAAGAGUCCGAGAGAGAGAUUGCUCAGGCCAAAGAUAGUUUGCAGACAUGCAACACAGAGCUUUCCGAGCUGAGAGCAGAAUAUGAGAAGAGACAGAUCCAACUACAAGAGAGCGAGAGUGCAAGAGAGAAUCUCGAAACUGAGCUAAGACACGUCCAGGCAGAGAGAGACGGACUGCAGCUUUCUCUGAUGCAGGAGAAGGAGCCGUCAGCGUUAUGCCAGGAAGAAGGGGACCUUAACAUGGAGGAAUCUGCCCUGCAUGUGCAGCUUGUAGAGACAGAGAGAGGGUAUCAAGAGCUGAGGGAGAAACUGAAUUACAUGAGCUCUUCGAAGCAAUCUUUGGAAAGCACCCUGUUUGCAUCGCAGGAGAGAGCGUCCCAGUUGGAGAUCACCUGCAGUCACCUGGAGACUGAAGUGCGGACACUCAUGCAGUCUAAAGAGACAGUUCAAGAUGAAGUUUUGCUUCUUCGUGAGGAGCGAGAGUCAACAGAGAAAAGACUGCUUGCAUUGUCUCAGAGACUGUCUGAAAUGGAUAGAGAAUAUCAGACUGAGAGAGCUCAGAGAGAGGAGCUUGAGAGAGACAAGAUUGAAUCAGAGACUCUGCGUGACCGUCUGGAGAAGGAGAGCGCUCUGAGGAUGGCCUCCGAGGAACGUGCUGAAAGAGCAUUAGACAGUCAGCGGUCGCUUCAGGAGACAGUCGAGAAAGAGAGAAACAUUGCCGAGCAACUUAAAAAAGAACUUGAGGAAAAAUCCACUUCUCUGUCUCGGCUCGAACAUGAUAUGGAAGUUCUCAGACAGAACCUGCAGAAGAGCCUAGAAGAGAAAGACAACCUCCUGGGGAACUUGGAACACGAGACUUUAAUAAAGAACGAGAGAGAACACGAGGUGGAAAUCCUAAAAGGGAGGGUAACAGAGUGCAUGGAAGAAAAAGAGACAGCUCUUAAUAACCUAGCAAGCCACGUAGCAACUUUACAAGAGCGAGACAGACAAAUUGCAGAACUUAGAGAGACUGUCCGGGAGUACAAUGAAGAAAAAGAAAUGGCUUUAACCUCGCUAGCUGGCCUCAACGUGACUGUCCAAGAGAGAGAGAGAGAGAUCAGGACCCUGAAAGAACAGCUCUUACAGGGCCAAAGCGAGAGAGACUCCACGGUCACGGACUUGCAGUAUCAGACCCAGGCUUUCCAAGAAGCAAAUCGACAACUGGCCACCCUGAAAGAGCGUUUCAGCGAGUGCGAAAAACUGAAGGAGGCAGCCGAGAGAUCAAGAGAGGACAGCCUAAUAAUAAUAAAAGAGAAAGAUGUGGAAAUUGAGACGCUUAAAGAGAGGGUCCGUACUUGUCAGGAAAAGGAAGAGAGCGCUAUGACGCAGAUGUCUCUUGCAGCUUCAGAAGCAGAGAACGAACUUUCCAAUCUGCGAGAGCGCCUGAGACAGUGCCAGAUGGAGCGAGAGAGCGCAGUCAGUGCAUUGCAUCAAGAAUUAACCAGUAGAGACCGAGAAAUUGAAACCCUACGGGAGACAAUACGAGAUCACCAGUCUGAGACCGAGAGUUUGUUGGAACAGCUGGACCAUCAAACCGUCGUACUGAAAGAGAGAGACCAUUUUAGUGAAGCUUUGAAUGUGAGGUUGGUACAGUGCGAGUUGGAAAGAGAGAGUGCUUUAAAGUCCUUAGAAAGACAGGCUAUGGUAGUACAAGAAAGAGAAAUCGAGAUCGACACACUGAGAAAGACCGUGCAAAAGAGAGAGAUUGCUCUGAGUAGUUUAGACAGCCAGAAGAUUACACUGGAAAUGAGAAUUAGAGACAUCCUAUUUUUGGAGUCCAAGUUAAUAGAGUGUCAAGAACAGAGAGACGCGGCCUUGAAGACGGCAGAACGUCUGACUGUAGCGCAGCAAAAAUGCGAACAAGAAGUUCUGACUCUGAGGAAAUCGUCUCUGGAGUUACUGGAGUCCCACAACGAAGAGGUACGAGAGAGAGACGGCGAAAUACAAGAUCUAAAACAAGUAGUAUCGGCUCUCCAAACGGAAAAAGAGACUGUUCUGAAUGAGAUGGAGAACCAGAGUGAGGCUUUGGAGGUGAGGAACUCGAAUGUCCUCUCAUUGCAACAUGCCUUACAGGAAUGCCAGAGAAAGCAUGAGAGGUCGUUGGAACGGAUGGAACGAGAUAUCAAGGCUUUGGAAGAGAGCCUAGAGAGAUGCAAACAAGAACGAGACCUUGCACAAACCUCUUUAGAGCGGUGGGAAAGUCAAACUAGAGAGACUGAGAUGGAAAGGAAAUCCCUAAGAGAGACAGUGUCAGAAUUAUCACGCGCUAUGGCAGAGAAAGAGAGAGAAGCUGAGAUCUUACAGAUACAAUCCGAGAGCGAGAAUAAAGCUCUUCGAGAGAGAGUCGAAGCUCUUCUACAAUCUUUAAGAUACGCGGAGACAGAAUCUAUACAGAAAAGUCUGAUCGAGAAGGAGAACCGAGCUCUUGGGCAGAGACUCUCCGAGUUAUCCCAGGCACUGAGAGAAAAAGAAACAUUAGCCGAUCAGAGAGGCUCUGAGUGUGAGACUCUGACACAGCAAGUUAGAGAACUUCACCAGGAACGGUUUGACAAUAAAAAAUCAUCAGGAGAGAAAAUCGCUCAGCUUGAAGAAGACAGCCGUGCUUUGAAUGACAGAGUCACAGAACUUAGGCAAAGUCUAACAGAAAAAGAGAUAAGAGAACAGGAGAGAACCAAGGAGAUGGAAACGUUAAAGAAAGAAAUAGCAGAGCUUCACCGAGUUCUAAUAGAGAAGCAGCGAGAGACUGCGGAAGAGAAGAAGCAGAAUGAGAGAGAGAUGAGCGCUCUGAGAGAGAAGCUUGGUGGUCUGUCCCAGGCUCUAAAACAGAAGGAGAUGAUCAUAAAGGAAGAUGAAGAAGAAAAAAGGGUUUUGAGAGAAAAGUUGACAGAACAUACGCAGGCGCUGGAGGACAAAGAAGUCAUAGAGGAAGAGAGACUACGAGAGCUGAAAGCUCUGAAUGAACAGGUAGCAGAACUGUCACGUGGUUUAAGAGAUGAAGAAGAGAAGAACCGGGAUAUACAAGAUGCUGAAGGGUCUGUGGGGGAAGGACAGGUAGAUAAAGUGAAGGAGACAGACCUUUCUCUAACGGAGGAAGUGGGAAAAGCAGGAGAGGUCAAAGCUCUGAGAAUGAAGAUAGCAGAAAUCAAGCAGGCCCUGAUGGUCCAAGAGCAAAGGAGGUUAGAGGACAAGAGACGGCAUGAGAGAGAGAACUUGAUUCUGAAGCAGAGAGUGACCGAUCUGUCCAAAGCUAUGAAGGAGCAGGAGCUGAAAAAAGAAGAACUUGUCUAUACUCUGGAAGCGACAAAGACCGCGGUGAAGGAGAAAGACGAUGAAAUCAAAGUUUUCCGCGAGAAAAUAGCAGGACAUUUAUCUGUUCUGGAUAAAGGAUUGUCAGAGAGGGAAGCCGGAAGCUUGGCUCCUCAAAGCAAAACUGGCAAAUGGAGUUUUCUUGAGAGUGAAAUGGCAGAGAAAGAGAGAGAAGCUGAGAUCUUACAGAUACAACUUGAGAGCGAGAAUAAAGCUCUUCGAGAGAGAGUCGAAGAUCUUUUACAAUCUUUAAGAGACGCGGAGACAGAAUCUAUACAGAAAAGUCUGAUCGAGAAGGAGAACCGAGCUCUUGGGCAGAGACUCUCCGAAUUAUCCCAGGCACUGAGAGAAAAAGAAACAUUAGCCGAACAGAGAGGCUCUGAGUGUGAGACUCUGACACAGCAAGUUAGAGAACUGCACCAGGAACGGUUUCACAAUAAAAAAUCAUCAGGAGAGAAUAUCGCGCAGCUUGAAGAAGACAGCCGUGCUUUGAAUGAAAGAGUCACAGAACUUAGGCAAAGUCUAACAGAAAAGGAGAUAAGAGAACGGGAGAGAACCAAGGAGAUGGAAACAUUAAAGAAAGAAAUAGCAGAGCUUCACCGCGUUCUAAUAGAGAAGCAGCGAGAGACUGCGGAAGAGAAGAAGCAGAAUGAGAGAGAGAUGAGCGCUCUGAGAGAGAAGCUUGGUGGUCUGUCACAGGCUCUAAAACAGAAGGAGAUGAUCAUAGAGGAAGAUGAAGAAGAAAAAAGGGUUUUGAGAGAGAAGUUGACAGAACAUACGCAGGCGCUAAAGGACAAAGAAUUCAUAGAGGAAGAGAGACUACGAGAGCUGAAAGCUCUGAAUGAACAGGUAGCAGAACUGUCACGUGGUUUAAGAGAUGAAGAAGAGAAGAACCGGGAUAUACGAGAUGCUGAGGGGUCUGUAGGAGAAACAACGGAAGGACAGGUAGAUAAAGUGAAGGAGACAGAUUUUUCUCUAGCGGAGGAAGCAGGAAAAUCAGGAGAGAUCUAUGCUCUGAGAAUGAAGAUAGGAGAAAUCAAGCAAGAUCUGAUGGUCCAAGAGCAAAGGAGGUUAGAGGACAAGAGACGGCAUGAGAGAGAGAACUUGAUUCUGAAGCAGAGAGUGACCGAUCUGUCCAAAGCUAUGAAGGAGCAGGAGCUGAAAAAAGAAGAACUUGUCUAUACUCUGGAAGCGACAAAGACCGCGGUGAUGGAGAAAGACGAUGAAAUCAAAGUUCUCCGCGAGAAAAUAGCAGGACAUUUAUCUGUUCUGGAUAAAGGAUUGUCAGAGAGGGAAACCGGAAGCUUGGCUCCUCAAAGCAAAAUUGGCAAAUGGAGUUUUCUGGAGAGCGAAAGCGGAUACGUGGACUCUGAGAUGGACGCGGGGUUGGAGAGGAUCCAUGGUGAGCUGGAAGCCCUACGGCAUGAACGAAAAGAAUCCCAGAAGAGGGAAGAGACUCUGAGAGGUCGUCUAGAAAAAUGUGAGACUGCGCUAAGGAACACCGAGGCUGAAGAGAUCUCCUGGAGACAGAAAGCCCAAGAACUGGAGCUAGAGAUUAUGGCUUUAAAGGAGAGCGUCAAUCAAUUUAGUCAUGGUCCCGAAAAAGGGAGCUUUGAGCAGAGGCUGAAGGUCCUGCAAGAGGCAGUCGCGAGGGUGGAAAAUGAGAAGGAUGCCCUACGGAGUCAGAAUCUGCAUCUGAGACAGACGUUGGAUAGAGUGGAAAGUGAGAGGAGGAGUCUCCGCAGAGAAUUGCGCAAUAUGGCUGGAGCGUCCACUCAUCAUUCCAGUGCCGUCCAACCUGAGCAAGACACCAACGACCCAAAGAUAUCAUUGCAAAGUGUGAUGGAUCUGCAAAAACAGGUGUUGCUUCUACAGUCCCAGCUCCGCGCUGAACGAGACCACCGGUCUGCGUACAUACAGAGCUGCUCUCGCACCACGGAUGAACUCACCUCUUUGAGACAAAAUCUCAAUCGAUCCCUGGCGGCGGUGACCUCUGACCCCCGACCUCUGGUUUUAGAGCGAGAAACUGCCAGACUGGAUGAGACUCUGAAGAGCAGCCUGGGCCUCACCUGAUUAGAGAGCCCGUCGCGUAGCUUGGCCGCAUGUAACCAGGUGGAAUGGCUGGCUGAGGGUUAUGGCGCUCCGCGGGACCUCUCGCUUUGCACUACGCAGCUCGUCUCGCAGGCCGCCGAGACGCAAUCCUCUCAUACAGGUCCAAGACAAUCAGUUACGGAAACGUACAGGGUUUAUUUACCCCGCGCAGGGCAGUGGGGGCAUUUCCCUGCCGGCUGAUCUGUGGGUUUAGUGUUUUACUUCAUCCUGGUUCUUAAAUCUUUUAUAUUUUUUUUAACAGUAUUAUGUACAUAGCUCCAUAAUGAAGUUAACGCAAUACAGGCACGAUUGUCUGCAUAUAAAGGUUUGUAUACUUAUAAAAUAUUUUUUAUAAAA